CAAACAUGGUGUUAUCAUAAGACAGAACCUUAUCUAUCUCAGUGCGCAAAAUAGCAACAUAUGGCAAAAAGCCACUAAACUAUAAUCGAGAUAGAGCAAAAGAGCUUUGGACAGCCAUGGCUGCACUGAGAUGCCACUUUCUUUCAUCUUGUGGAAAUGUCAAGUUCAGGCCACCUUGUAUUUCUUGCUCAAUGCAAAAGAACAUCAAGGUAGUCAUAAAUGGUGCAGCAAAGGAAAUAGGACGAGCAGCUGUGAUUGCUGUCACUAAGGCUAGAGGAAUGGAGGUUGCCGGUGCUGUGGAUUCACAUUUUGUAGGAGAGGACAUAGGAAAGUUGUGCGACAUGGAAGAAGCUUUAGAAAUACCCAUAAUCAAUGAUCUCACCAUGGUGUUAGCUUCUGUUUCCCAGUCAAAAGAGACAGGGGUUGUCGUGGAUUUUACUGACCCUUCCACAGUCUAUGACAACGUCAAGCAGGCAACAGCAUUUGGCAUCAACAGUGUGGUUUAUGUACCUCGAGUUAAACUAGAAACAAUAACAGCAUUAUCUGCUUUCUGUGAGAAAGCCAGCAUGGGUUGUUUGGUUGCACCAACUCUAUCAAUGGGAUCUAUCCUCCUCCAGCAAGCUGCCAUUACUGCAUCCUUCCACUACACCAAUGUAGAGAUUGUGGAGUCAAGAACAAAUGCAACUGAUCUUCCGUCACCAGAUGCAAUCCACAUAGCCAGCAACCUUUCUAACCUCGGUCAGAUAUACAACAGAGAAGAUCUUUCAACAGAUGUUGUGGCAAGAGGUCAAGUCCUGGGAGAAGACGGGGUUCGUGUGCACAGCAUGGUCCUUCCAGGGCUUCCAUCUAGUACAACAGUUUACUUCUCCCGUCCAGGCGAGGUUUACUCCAUCAAACAUGACAUCACCAAUGUACAAGCCCUCAUGCCAGGCAUGCUCUUGGCUAUAAGAAAGGUUGUGCGCCUUAAGAAUCUGGUGUAUGGCUUGGAGAAACUUAUGUAGAAGCUGAAAGAUUCCUCAUUGUUCUAAAUAAAACAUAAACUGUAAUAACGCUUUGAUGAGCAACCCCGUUCAUCCUGCUGCAGAAAAUUUAAAGGAAAAGUAAACUGGAAAUUAAGUCAGGAACAGAAACUCUUUGAAGUUUAAACUUUAUUAGAAACGUAAUUUUAUUUCACAAUGAGAUGUAAUUGGAGAUA